ACUGAAGUUGAGGGAGCCCCGUGUGUACCGUACGUUACUGGGGGAUUUCACUGGGUGUAGGUGUGGGUAAAGAUGUUACCCUUAUCAAUGAAAGAUGACGAAUAUAAGCCUACAAAAUUCAAUCUCGUCGCCAAGAUUUCAGGAUGGUUUCGAUCAAUUCUCGCGGACAAAACCUCUCGGAACCUGUUCUUCUUCCUGUGUCUGAACCUGUCAUUUGCCUUCGUGGAGUUACUCUACGGCAUUUGGAGUAACAGUUUGGGCCUCAUCUCCGACUCCUUCCACAUGUUCUUUGACUGCACGGCUCUCCUGGCCGGCCUAGCAGCUUCAGUCAUCUCACGGUGGAGAGCCAACGACUCCUUCUCUUACGGGUACGUGAGAGCAGAGGUGCUGGCCGGGUUUGUCAACGGCCUCUUCCUCAUCUUCACCGCAUUCUUCAUCUUCUCCGAGGGAGUUGAGCGUGCUCUGGAGCCGCCUGACGUCCAUCACGACCGGCUCCUCCCCGUCUCCAUCGCCGGGCUGCUGGUCAACCUGGUGGGCAUCUUCGUGUUCCAGCACGGCGGGCACGGCCACUCACACGGCGGGGAGGGUCACGGCCAUAGCCACUCCCUCUUCAACGGCAGCGCAGGCCACGCCCACAGCCACGGCGACCACGGGCACAGUCACGGCGGGCACAGUCACGGGGGCCACGGGCACGAUCACGGCCAUGACCACGGCCACGACCACGGGCACGGGCAUGGAGGCCACGGGCACUCCCACGAGGAGCCCUGCCACGAUGACCACAGUCUGGUCACUGGCAAGGUCUCCAGCAAACAGAUCCUGGAUGGAGUGUUUCUGCACAUCGUGGCUGAUACUCUGGGCAGUAUCGGCGUGAUCAUCUCUGCACUCCUGAUGCAGAGGUACGACCUGAUGAUCGCAGACCCCAUCUGCUCCAUGCUCAUCGCCAUACUCAUCGGAGUCAGUGUGAUACCUCUACUGAGAGACUGCAUUGGAAUCCUCAUGCAGCGGACCCCCGCCUCCCUGGACAACGCACUGCCAGAGUGCUACCAGCGGGUGCAGCAGCUGCAGGGUGUGUAUAACCUGCAGGAGCCACACUUCUGGACGCUGUGUACGGACGUGUACAUCGGAACCCUGAAGCUGCUAGUGGCGCCCGACGCCGACGCAAGAUGGAUCCAGAGCCAGACACACAACAUCUUCACACAGGCUGGCGUGAGACAGCUCUACGUUCAGAUUGACGUCGCAGCCAUGUAGAGGACACAUGAAGGUUGUGUGUGUGUACUGUAUGUGUGUGUGUGUUCGCUCCCUGCUGGGAGUGAAGGGACCAAAGCCCCGCUGCUCUGUGUGGGGUGGGGGGGUGGGGGACAGGGGCGCACUCACCCCCCCUCCCCAAUCUGGCCUUUCUCUUGUGGCCCCCCCAGGACCACGGCCCUGCGCCCCCCCGCCAACGCCGAAUGGACCUCUCGGUCUUAUCCACACCCCUCCCUACCCCCCCCCCCCCCAUUUUACAGUGGGAUCUCCUCCUUCUGUUUUUGUUAUUUUUAGUCUGAUUUUGUGGUUGUACCAAUUGAGUGUUUAUUUGAUCUGUGUGUAAUCAGAAUGUGUGUGUGUGUGGGUGUCAGUCAGGACAGUCUGACCUUAAUUAAGGAGUGAGUCCAUCUGAAGUGUGUUUUCUGCCCUAAGUUGCAUCAGGGUGGGAUGAAUGUGUGAGUGCUUGCGUGUGUGUGUAAGCGUGAGAGUGUGUGUCCGUGUGUGUGUGGCUCCUCUACAGACAGGAGCCAGUCUUUGACUCUGGGGCUCUUAAGUGCCUUGAUUCCAAUUACAUUAUGGACAAUCUGUAUAAUGACAUCACUUCCUCCUGUGAGAUGACAUCACUUCCUCCCAUCCCAUGACGUGGGCGUGUGUGUCAGUGUGUGUGUUGAGGACUUUCAGUCGAUUCCAGCGGACUCCAGCUGAGAUCACAUCCUGUGGACGCUGGACCUCGACAUUCAAAUAUCCUGUCCCAUCAUGUUGUUUUGACACCAGCCUCACCUGUGUGUGUGUGAGAGAGAAAGAGUGUGUGUGUGUGUGUAUGUGUGUGUGUGAGUGAGAGAGAGAAAGAGUGUGUGUGUGUGAGAGAUAACGCGAAAGUGUGUGCCUGUGUGAGAAUUGAUGCAGUGAGAUGAAGUAAAGUCAUCAUUUCUUUA